GCAGACAUCGGUGCGGAUCGCCGUGUGUGUGCGUGUGUCUGAGGAUCUCUGGAUGAGGAGGAGGAGGAGGGCGAGGAUAAUCUGGUCGGACCUUUGGUGGUGUGGAUCUCCCGCAUCCACGGACACUUUUCCCUUUCUCAACGUGGAUUCACAUUCACUCACCACAGCUGACCUGUAACCGGUUGGAGCGAGGGAAGAGAGAGAAGAGCAACUGGAACAGAGAAGAGGAUGAGUAAGAGAAAGCUGGACCCAAGAGAUUCAUUUUACACAAUGGGAGCCUCUGGCUCUGCACACAUUUGAUUUCAAAAAGAAUAAAGGAGACUUUUCCUAAAGAAGCCCGACAGGAUUUCGACUUCACUUUAGUGCUUUGGCCUGUAGUGAGAGAACUAGUCAUGACAGCACUCUGAACAGAGAAAUAACUUCUUUUUCAUCCCCUUCGCCCUAAGCCUGUCUGCAGCUUUUCACCUAAAACAAUUCUUUGCCAUGGAGAAAACAUACUCAUUAACUGCACACUACGAUGAGUUCCAGGAAGUAAAAUACGGUGGUCGCUACAGCAGUGAUAUCCUCAGCAACGGCAUGACCCUUCACCUGGGGGGCAGUCUGGACCGCCAUGUGGGGCGGAGCAGAGGAGGGACCUGGUCAAACGGGCGAAACAAAGAUGUAAGCAACGCCAGCAGCAAUGGAGGGCUUCCUCGCUGGAGCCGCAGAGAGAUCUGUCUACUCUCGGCUUUGGUGUUUGCAGCGGGCAUGUGUGUCAUUCUGGGGAGCAUGCUGGCACUUAAGUACAUUUCCCUGGAUGCACAACAGGACCCGCAGUGCCGCCAAGACUGCCAGCGCAAGCGCUCGCUACUGCGCACGGCUCGCAUGGUCCAGGCCAAUAUUGACCCAACCAUCCAGCCCUGCCAGGACUUCUAUUCCUUCGCCUGUGGCGGCUGGUUGAGGCGCCACGGCAUCCCCGAGGACAAGCUCAGCUACGGCAUCAUCACCGCUAUAGGGGAACACAAUGAGGAGAAACUCCAGCACCUCCUGAUAGAGCCCAUACGGAGGCGUGGGCCCGACUCAGCCGAGCGCAAGGUCAAAGAGUUCUACAAGUCCUGCAUCAACAUCCAGGAAAUCGACAAGCUGGGCUCUGACCCCAUGACGGAGGUGAUCGACAGCUGCGGGGGGUGGGACCUGGUGGGGGCUCCCUCCGGUGCUGCUGGGUGGGAGCAAGAAGGUGCACCACAGAGGCCGGACUUCAACGAGCUGCUGUACAGGACGCAGGGCGUGUACAGCACCCCCGUCUUCUUCUCCCUCACUGUCAACGUGGACGACAAAAACUCCUCCAGGAACGCAAUCAGGAUUGAUCAGGAGGGGCUCACGCUCCCUGAGAGAAGCCUCUAUCUGGGACAGGACGAAGACAGCGUAAAGAUCCUGGUGGCGUAUAAGGCCCUGAUGGAGCGCUUGCUGAGCAUGCUGGGAGCUCAGAACGCCACGCAGAAGUCCAAGGAGAUUAUAGAGCUGGAGACGCGUCUGGCCAAUAUCACUAUGUCGGACUAUGAUGACCAAAGAAAGGACAUCAACACCAUGUACAACCGCAUCACCCUGAAGCAGCUGCAGCGCAUCGCCCCUAGUCUUCACUGGAAACGCCUGCUCGACAGGAUCUUCCAUGACAACCACUCAGAAGACGAGGAGAUCGUGGUGCUCGCCACUGACUACAUACAGAAAGUGUCCGACAUCAUCAAGACCACUUCUAAGAGGGUUGUCCAUAAUUACAUGCUGUGGCGCAUCGUGGCAGCGCUGAGUGAACACCUGUCCACCGCCUUCCGCAGCACCAUCCACGAGUUUUCCCGGGAGAUUGAUGGCACGGAGCAGCAGCUGGAGCUGGGCAGACUCUGCCUCACCCAGGCCAACAAACACUUUGGCAUGGCCCUGGGAGCCCUGUUUGUCCAGCAGCACUUCUCCUCGCAGAGCAAAGCCAAGGUACAGGAGCUGGUGGAAGACAUAAAACACUCCCUGGACCUCCGCCUGCAGGAACUGGACUGGAUGGAUGAAACCACCAAGGAGGCAGCCAGAGCAAAGUUGAAGCACAUGAUGGUGAUGACAGGAUACCCAGACUCCCUGCUCAAACCUGAGCUCAUAGAUCGAGAAUAUGGGUUUGAUGUGGACGAGAAGACCUAUUUCAAGAACAUCCUCAACAGCAUCAAGUUCAACAUUAAGCUGACGGUCAAGAAGAUCCAUGAGGAAGUGGACAAGACAGCGUGGCUUAUACCCCCUCAGGCCCUCAAUGCCUACUACCUCCCUAACAAGAACCAAAUGGUCUUUCCUGCUGGCAUCCUUCAGCCCACACUCUACAACCCUGAGUUCCCACAGUCUCUCAACUACGGUGGAAUUGGAGCCAUCAUUGGCCACGAGUUAACCCAUGGAUAUGACGACUGGGUGAUGCAAUGGUUCAUGUCCAUAGGGGGCCAGUACGAUCACCAUGGCAACCUCAAACAGUGGUGGACAGAGGAGUCCUACAGGAAGUUUCAGAAGAAAGCGGAGUGCAUCGUCAAGCUUUACGACAACUUCUCUGUUUAUAAUCAGAGGGUGAACGGUCGUCUGACACUGGGGGAAAACAUCGCAGACAUGGGAGGACUCAAGCUGUCAUACUUUGCGUACCAGAAGUGGGUGAGGGAACAUGGUCCAGAGCGGCCGCUGCCUGGCCUUAAAUACACUCAUGAGCAGCUGCUCUUCAUCGCCUUCGCACAGAACUGGUGUAUGAAGAGGAGAUCUCAGUCUAUUUACUUGCAGCUGCUGACUGACAAACAUGCACCAGAGCACUACAGAGUGAUCGGCAGUGUCUCCCAGUUUGAUGAGUUUGCGCGUGUGUUCCACUGUCCAAAGGGUUCCCCGAUGAAUCCUGCAGACAAAUGCUCUGUCUGGUGACCUCUCUGCCUGUCCUGUUGACCUUGGGACGACCUUAGUCUUCACAUACACACACACACACACACACAGACACAACGUGUCAUUCAUCACACAUUCAUCAGUGCCAAAAGGAUGCUACAAAGCUCACGAAGCCCGUGUUUUGCAUCACAAGUAUCUUUUGAUCAUGACAAAAACGUGUUUUCAAGCUUAAGCCUGAUUUUGACUCUGUGUUUCAACACUUUUACAUGAACUCAUGUCACUCACGUCCUGUGAAGUCGUGCACCUGCAGGAUUUUCUUCGUCUCGAUACUAAAACACUAACAUAUUUUGUCGCGCACUGUGAUUAGAAGUCGUAGUAUCCAUGUAGGUUUUCAGUGUUGUGCAUGAACUUUUUGUGACAUGGUGCAGCAUGGCUCGGUGUUCGAGGUACAGAUAUCACCUCUAACACUCAAGCCAGUUAGUCUGAGCAUUUUAACACUUUAUUUAAAAGAAGAAGUCGGAAAAAUCAAGAGUGGACAUCAGCAGCAGCAGCUAUGUCAAAUUUGAAAGUUAAUUAUUGAAAAUGAUUACGAACAGGAAACAUGAACUAGUCCAUUUUUCAAACUCUGAACUUUGAACUAUGAAACACUGUUUUAACGACACCUUGACAUUUGGGAGAGCCCUAUUUUCAGGUGGCACCACGACUGAACAUGUCACUGUAGUGUAGCGUUAUCAUCGUUAUCAUCUAGACGCGUCACACAUCACUCACAGUGUCUUUACAACCACGACAAACAAGGCUGGAUUACUGAACUGGUCUACCAAGCCAGGGCCCUAACGCUCUCUUUUUCCAGAAAUGAAGUUUGAACCCAUAAUUCAUGUGAACCCCAUUAUUAUUAUUACUAUAGUUUCAUUAUUUGUCAGCUUGAUUUCUAAUGUUACUUUAUAGACACACAAGGAUCGAGUGUGGCUCUCUUUUAUUGACAUUACCCACAGAGGAGAACGCCUGUGUUUUUGUACACAGGUGUUAAUGAGAACCAUAGAUCUGCAGCUGUCUCCCUGGUGUACAGUAGGCUUGCAUGUCGUCCUCGCUGCUGCAUGCUGCAGCUGACGCUUUCAUUUGAU